CAGGCGGGGCCUGCAGCGUCUCUCUUUACGGCAGGGUUUGCAGCAGCGGCGUGUGCAGUGUGUGCGGACAGUAGAGACCGGCUGGAUCCCGGGCUGCCGUGUGUGUGCAGCUCCCUCCUUUGCCCCGGCCGCCUCACCAUGGACUAUGACUUCAAGCUGAAGCUGACCGGAGAGCGGGAGCGGGUGGAGGACCUGUUUGAGUAUGAGGGCUGCAAAGUUGGAAGAGGCACUUACGGGCAUGUGUUCAAAGCCAAGAGGAAAGAUGGGAAAGAUGACCGUGAUUAUGCUCUGAAACAAAUAGAAGGUACUGGAAUUUCUAUGUCUGCAUGCAGAGAAAUAGCUCUUCUACGGGAAUUGAAACAUCCAAAUGUAAUUUCUCUACAAAAAGUAUUUCUCUCCCAUGCGGACAGGAAGGUCUAUCUUUUAUUUGAUUUUGCGGAGCAUGACCUAUGGCACAUAAUCAAAUUUCACAGAGCUUCUAAAGCCAACAAGAAACCAGUGCAGUUACCUCGGGGAAUGGUGAAGUCACUACUGUAUCAGAUUCUAGAUGGCAUUCACUACCUGCAUGCCAACUGGGUGUUGCAUAGAGAUUUGAAACCCGCUAAUAUUUUAGUCAUGGGUGAAGGUCCAGAGCGAGGACGAGUAAAAAUAGCGGACAUGGGAUUUGCACGAUUAUUUAAUUCACCUUUAAAGCCUUUAGCAGAUUUAGAUCCUGUAGUUGUUACAUUCUGGUAUCGAGCUCCAGAGCUGCUCCUAGGCGCCAGGCAUUAUACCAAAGCUAUUGAUAUUUGGGCUAUAGGAUGUAUAUUUGCAGAGCUUCUAACGUCGGAGCCAAUAUUUCACUGUCGUCAAGAAGACAUAAAGACUAGCAACCCUUACCACCACGACCAGCUGGAUAGAAUAUUUAAUGUCAUGGGCUUUCCAGCAGAUAAAGAUUGGGAGGACAUCAAAAAGAUGCCUGAACACUCUACAUUAAUGAAGGAUUUCCGCAGAAACACGUAUACCAACUGCAGCCUUAUCAAAUACAUGGAAAAGCAUAAAGUAAAACCAGACAGCAAAACAUUCCAUUUGCUUCAGAAACUCCUCACAAUGGACCCAAUAAAGAGAAUUUCAUCUGAGCAAGCUAUGCAAGAUCCGUAUUUCCUUGAAGAUCCACUUCCUACGUCAGAUGUGUUUGCAGGCUGUCAGAUACCAUACCCGAAACGGGAGUUCCUGACCGAAGAGGAGCCUGAGGAUAAGGGAGACAAAAAAAACCAGCAGCAGCAGCAAGGCAAUAAUCAUACCAAUGGGACCGGACAUCCGGGAAACCAAGACAACAGCCACGCACAAGGACCGCCGCUGAAGAAAGUGAGAGUUGUCCCCCCUACCACUACCUCAGGUGGACUCAUCAUGACCUCAGACUAUCAGCGUUCCAAUCCACAUGCUGCCUAUCCAAACCCUGGACCAAGCACAUCACAACCUCAGAGCAGCAUGGGAUAUUCGACUACCUCCCAGCAGCCUCCACAGUACUCCCAUCAGACACAUCGGUACUAGAGCAUGUACCAGGAAACGUAAAUGCACUGUUGCUUGGGCUGCAGGACCGAGCUUGUAGCCGCCUGCCUGGAGCCUGGCUUUGGAAUGUACUGUACGACCACACCUUGACAAUGUCCAGCAGCCAAGUUACACAACAUUUCUCAGAAUGUAGAAUCCCACGGGGAGGUUUCAAGAGAGCGCAAGUUCUAGCACAGUCCAUAUUGUGAAUUUGCUACUUCCAUAGUAUACUUGAAAAUGGUUCAAUGCGACCAAUGCAUUUCUUUCAGUGAUGCUAACAGUUAAAGCUGUGAAGUAUGCUUGGAACAAACUGUUUUUCGUUAUUGUAUGUGGUGACUAUUGGCAUAUUAUCUGACCAAUAAUAGCUUGAUUUUUUUUUUUCUUUUUAUGUUCAAGUAAAGGCUCAUAACCAUGGCACAAUGCUCGAAAGGCUAAACCUAGUCAGAUAAAAACAUAUUUUUUUUUUCUCAUUUUAUUUCUUAGGUGAUAGAAAACAAAAAUAUCACGAUCAGCAAACAGUAUUUUGUUGACCAGAACAUUUUGUUACAUUUUAGCCCUAUUAUACAACCUUUCUUGUAUGAUCCUCCCAAAGAUUUUAUGCUUUUAUUAUAGAUGGACACAGAGGCUGCCAUUCAGUUGAUUUUGGAUGC